GGCGUGUUCUGCUGAGGCUAUGAAACUCAAGACAAGUUUAGAAAACCCCUCAGUGGGUCAAUCAUAAAGCCACUGAAGACAGAAACAAGAGUCUGACUGGAUGAAGUUCCCUUGUGAGGAGUUUGAAUCAACAACAGCUUCCACGAUGAGGACACCAUCAGUGCUGAUCCCUGCAGCAGUUGUGUUGCUGCUGCUCAACCCACCGAGGUGCACAGAUGCUGCGACCGUCCAAGGCGCUUUACCGCAUCCAAACAAAUACAACCCAAACGACUCGGAGAGAUGCGUCCUACCCGCCAUCGGAGGACUCAUAUCCCGCGGGCCGGGACCCGUGACCUCCACCGACGAGGUGCUGGAGUCCAGUCAGGAGGCGCUGCACGUCACGGAGCGCCGGUACCUGCGGCUGGACUGGUGCAAGACGCAGCCGCUGAAGCAGACCAUCCGGGAGGAGGGCUGCCUGAGCCGCACCAUCAUCAACCGCUUCUGCUACGGACAGUGCAACUCCUUCUACAUCCCGCGGCACGUCUACCAGGACGGCAUCGCGUUCGAGUCCUGCUCCGCCUGCAAACCCAAGACCUUCAGCACCGUCACGUACACGCUCUUCUGUCCGGGACUAACGCCGAACACCAGGAAGAAACGGGUGCAGCGCGUAAAGCAGUGCCGCUGCACGACCAUCGAUACGGAUUAGAUGGAGACGAUCUUCAGUGGGAGUGAAGUUUCUUCUGCACCAUGAGAAAAGAGUGAUGAGGAAUUUACCUGAGCCUUUGUUAUAAAGGAGAGAGGAUACUCACCAAUGUGCCACUAAUUUUGCUGAUAUAAUAAACACAAGUGGUCUUUUUAUGUGUGUAAACAGAUUUAGAGAUGUGUCCAAAAGAGAUGGAGUUGGAGCUAGAUUCUUUAUUUCUUCAGGCUGGUGGAUGUGCAAGACAAAGCAGGAAAAGGAGGACGAGUCUCUGAGAGGACUUGGGUUCAUUAUUUCCACUGUGUGGGAUCUAAAGUCAAACGCUUCCAUAAUAUACAAAUAUUUUUUUCUGUACAACUUGCACUGCUUCAAUGCCACUUGUAUGAUUUGUGUAUUGUGUCGUGAUGCCUGUAAAUAAAAUAAAUCUUUCCCAGCUGA